AAUGCCUUGAAAUGUAAAGCGGGGGUAUAAAAGUAGCCCCCUGAAGGCUUUCGAGUCAGUUACUUCUAGUGCUACUUGCAGCUGUCUGCUGAAUUAGUUCGCCCUGGCAAGAUGCAUUUUGUGCGAGUGUUUUCGCUUACUUUAGUUGUCCUUGUAACAGAUGGAUUUCGGUUUCAUUUGGACUCACAGAAGUGCGAAGAGAUUACUAUUCCGUUAUGUCGUCGAGUCUUGCCAUACAACUUGACCCGGUUUCCCAAUUUAGUAGGCGACCGCAAUCAAGUCUUCGCCAAUAGAUCAGUACAGCAAUACAGUCAACGUAUGCAUGAGUUAAACUGCUCCAGACACGCCGUGUUUUUUCUUUGCUCCUUCUAUGCACCAAUCUGCUUACCAGGAAUAGAUGAGUCAGAGGAGAACAUCAAGCCAUGUCGCUCCUUCUGCGAGCAGGUUCGAAGGGAUUGUGCUGGCUCAUUAGGAUACUGGCCGAGGUUUGCUAAGUGCGAAGAACUUCCCAACUUUUCCGAUGGAGUCUGCGUGCAGCCCGAGUCAUUUGAAGUUGUUCAAAGACCUACAAGUAAGUUACUGUUUCGCAGUUUUUGGAUGCUAAGCCCGAUAUAAAGAUUAAAACAGUAUUUUGAACGUUUUACCCGUCGAGUUAAUUUACAAGAGUUUUUUUUUAACUUACUAAGACAACACUGAAAAUUUGACAAAAAAUAAACAAGGCAUUAUGUGUUACUCAACAGCUUAUCAAAACUCAAGAUCUGGUUAAACAAAGUAGUGAAUGGGCCCAUUAUUAGUUUAUGUUACUAACCACACGAAGCAAUUAACCAAUUACUGCGGCCACACCGUUCACUGCAUGCAUACCAAAUUUAAUUUGCUUGGAAAUUAGAAAAGGAGACUCUAAUAGCAAUGCUUUCUUAUAUUUCUCAACAAGAUUUACUGCACUCUUUUCCAGAGCUGCCAUAAACUUCUGAUUGUCGUUAGCUGUAGGCAUAACUUUAAAAUAGUUUUAUAAGGAUUAUUAGGCCUUUUUGCCUGCCCUUUCUGUCCUCCCCUAAGAAGGUUAUUACCUUACUUCACUUCCACGCACAAACAAUAUUUCAGACUUCAGUUAGGUGUUUUUCAUUGAACAGACUCGUUCUCUCCUAGCCCAUCCGAAGGCAACUGAAUUAUAAUUUUUAUUGAUUUCCUCUUAUCUCUCGUUCCUUUUCGUUUUUUGUUGGCACAAUUCUUCUUUCAACUUUCAAUAAUUAAAUCUAGUGUCAUCAAUUCAAUUAAGUCCCGAAUAUUUGAAAAAAAAAAAAACAAAACAAAACGCUAAGAAUCCAAAGACGAAGAAUCUAUAUUGUAAAGCAUGAGCGGAAAACUUUUGCGAGGUCAGCUUAUCCUAUUGUAACCAGACAUGAACAAUCUACACUUUACAUGUCUUGUGUAAUAUUUAUCUCUCCAUCAUCGACAACUCUUUCUUGACAGCCUGGCUUUUUUUAUGUAGCUUAGAUUUCGGAGAGGUAUGCCUCAAUUAUCAGCUUAUUUCCUUGGCACUGAAUUUCUAUAGUUGUCGGUAUAAAUUAAAUUCCAAAACUUAAGUUGAAAGAGUAUAAAUUUGCAUUCUUUGAAGUCCUUGAGCAGUUCGUUGUCGAUCAUCAAUCCUUAAUUGUGACAGAAGUGCAUUUUUUUUGUCAACGAUCCUUAACUAUGCGAUAAGGCAACACAAUUUUUCAAGCGGGUAUUCUUGAAAUUUAUGAUGAUAAGAAUGUUUAUUGCCUUGAAAAUGUAAAAUGAACGAAAAAUUAGUCAAAUACCAGCUCAUCGCUCUCCGGCGUAGCCGAGUAACUCAUGAAAGAGGAAGUCAUCAACACAUGAAAAUCACAGGUUAUACUCUCCAAUCAGCUAUUCAGCUUUUAGAAUUUCACUCAGAAGAUAAAAUCGUGGCUUUGCGUUUAUUGGAAAGAAUGCCCCAUGCUACUAUUAGUAACCGUGUUUGUUCUUAGUUAAUGAGACGAACAAGAGUGCCUAAUUUUUUUCUUGUUCACUAAGAUAAAGACAUUUUCACGUUUGAGUCUGCAGCAGUCUACAAAUUCCAUCGUGUGGAGCUGGCAUUCAGACCAAAAACAUUGUUAGUAACCCAUAUUUUUAAAUGAUUGAUACCUCUUUAAUCUCAAAGUCUUAGACUCUCUUAAAGAAUUUUUGCCGAGAAAGCCGCCGUUUAGUUUUGUUUUGUUUCAUAACCGUUUUUGUAUUUGGGGGAGGGAGAGUAUUAAGACCGCAAACCAGAAUUCGUCUUUCGCCCACUUGCGCUAAAAAUCCAAUCCGGAAUUUUCGCCCAUCCUGGGAGAUGAUUUAAUUUCCCACAUUAUCAUUGAACUGAUAAUGGGCGAUGGCCAUCGAUGCUUCAUGAUAACCGCAUACGACGAGUCAUGACGUGAAAUCUUUGUUCUCGUGCCGCGUAUUUAGGAACCUAAUGUGUCGUGUUGUUGUGCUUACGAUUUCAUCUUCCAGACCUUCUCGGACAAACUCGGUCAAUGGAUAAUGAGGCCUAGGGACUAGGCAAACGUUUUCAUAUUCUUUGUUUGAAAAGGUACUAUACAAUAAUUAUGCGAUCAAAAAUCAGAAUUCAAACUGGCCACUGACUAGUCAAGAGGACGCUCAAGACACGAUUGCGUGACUAUAUGUUUAGCUCACUAGAGGCUCUUAGUUUUCAGAUCUUGGGACACAGGGAGUGGUAGUGGUAGCUUGUGUAACAAGAAAGGAAUGCACGUUUUCCUAAGGUAGCACCAGACUGUCAUUUUAAAAUCAACGUAGUUCUUACGCGUGUUGGGGAUUAUUCGUAGAGGUGUGUUAAAUAUAUUUAUUACAUCCACUUUGAAAUCAGUGGCUAUCCGUGCAAUCUGAUUGGCUCUCAGCAGUGUGAUUUAUUUACUUGUGAUUUCAAAUCAAACUCGCGCUGCGCGCUCGUUCGAUUUUGAAAUCACGCGUAUGAUUUCAGACCAAAUUGCACUCCACUUAGUUCAAUUACCAUUAUAAAACUGUUUCUUGUCUGAGGUGAUUUCUCACCCUGAAUUGCUUUACGUUGAUAUGGAACGGAUACGAAAUGAAGUUAUAAAAUUCAUUGUCGAGGAAAGAAGGUUACGGUUGUGAUAAGGAAGGAAAGGAGGAAGGAAAGACUGCUUAAAAGGGCGUAAAACCACUAUCCGACUCCUGAAAGAUGCUGUCCAUUUUCAUCAUACGUCUUGUAUGACACCACUAUUAAAUCAAAGUGGCAAACCGCCUUUUGGUCAUAAACAUGGAAAGUUUCACUCAAUAACCUAAGAUCGAGGUUAUCUGCCAAAGAUUUUAUUUUCUUACACUCUGACACGAUAUUUACCACCUGGUACCAGGAUCGGGCAGAUAGACACUUCCUGGGUUGGGAAUUUAGUCUAGUUUGGCGGUUUCGAGUUUAAUGCUCACUCGCUUGUUUUCUCAAAUCUACAGGUGUUAUAAAUCCUGAACCCUGCCAAGGAAGGACGCACAUUAACUAUGACAGUUCCACUAUCGACCGAUACGACUACGGUAAGCCCAUCCAACUCAUUUCAUACUUUUUUUACUUUGCAUUCCACACUCCUAAGUAGUUUACCCCAAUAUCUCCCGUCUCUCUCUCCUGCCGGGGCUGAAUAUUUUUAUUUUUUUGUCAAUUAUAGGCUGAAAUAUUCUUGAAUUAUUCUUAAUUAUAAAUUACAGCUCAUGGCAUUUCCACUUUUGCCGUUUAGUGAAAGGGAUAAUUUUCUACCGUUAAGUUAAGAACAAUUAAAUUGUACAGUAUUUAAUUUACAGAUCAAUUCAAUGAAUCCUUUUCAAACUCUCAGCCUCGGCUUUAUUCUUAAAAAAAUAUUAAAAUUUUGCAAAUUCAGCCUCGAUAUUCUUAUAAAGAAAAAAAAGAGUAUACACAAAGGCUUCUGGAUUUGGAAGGGUCAUAAAUGUAUCGCCUUACAUGAUUUUACAUUAGCGUCUGCCUAUUAAUAAAUUUGGGAAAUAGAUUUAUGACUAAUCCAACUAACCUUCCACGUGUGGAAUUUCUUAUGAUGGCCUAUGUGAAUUCUUAAAAAGAUUUAAGGGAUGUGUCUAAGGUGUCAAAGACUAAGAAGACUGAAAAUGUAAACAUUCCAAAUGCGGUUUCUUUUAGAUACUGUUGUAUUCAUGGUGUUCCAUCUUUCCUUCACUUAAUUAUGUUUAUUACUUCUCAGUGAUCAAAUUUAAAGUGAUCCUGAUUGAAAGGCGUCAAAACAAAGGAUCAAUAAUACACGGAAAAGUUGGACGAGUCAUAAAGCAAAAUAAUGUCACUAUUCAUAAGGGUCGCGUGAAGAUUUGGAGCAACACAGAAUCUACCUGCCCGUCCCUCCGGACGGGAAAUAUUUUCUUGAUUGGUGGGUACGAAAAUGCCUUGAGAAGAAAAUUGCUUCUGACAUCGAAGAGCCUCAUAGAGUCCUGGAAUGAAGAAACUAUGAGAAAGAUCAGAAAAUGGCAAAAAGGGGACAGAAACGUUUUAACAAAGAUACAAGGAAGAAGGUGA